AGAUUUGUCCUAGUCAUUGGUUCUUUGCUUUGCAGCUGUUACCAAUAAUAUCGCCUUUUAGCUUUAUCUUCUCCGAAUCGCUACAAUAAAUAUAACUCUCAAAGCUCUCUGUAAAGCUAAGCUCUUCGUCCGCGAUAACUCACUUUCCAAACUGUGUGUGUAUCAAAUAGCUUCCCUCACGCUCACCUCACUCAUCCCACUUUCCAUUUAUUUUCCUUCCUGCUAUUGCUUUCUCUACCGUUACUCAUACCAUUAAGAAAGAAACCCAAGUUCACAACUGGGUUUCUCUCUCUUGCAUUCUUUCACUCUUUCAGAUUUUUGUCUCUCAGCUUCUCUCAUUCCAGAAUGGCCCAUGCAAGAUUAGGCCAAUGGUUAAGUCUUCUAGUAUGUUUACUGAUAUUGCUGAAAGCAGAAAGCCAUCCUGUGGGAAUCACUCUUGUUGAGAAUGCAGUUGCCAAAGGAGCCGUUUGUUUGGAUGGGAGCGCACCAGCGUACCACUUUGACAAGGGAUUUGGUGCAGGAAUCAACAAUUGGUUGGUUCAUGUUGAGGGAGGAGGAUGGUGUAACAGUGUUGAGACUUGCCUUGAUCGUAAGAAUACUCACUAUGGUUCAUCAAACAAAAUGGAAAAGUCGAUGUCUUUUUCUGGGGUGCUUAGCAACAAGCAAAAGUUUAAUCCAGACUUCUAUAACUGGAAUAGAAUCAAAGUUAGGUACUGUGAUGGGGCGUCAUUCACUGGUGAUGUUGAAGCAGUAAACCCAGCAACAAAUCUUCACUUCAGAGGAGCAAGAGUUUUUCGUGCCAUCAUUGAUGAUCUGUUAGCAAAAGGAAUGAAAAGUGCCCAAAGUGCUCUUCUCUCUGGUUGUUCGGCCGGUGGAUUGACCUCAAUUCUUAAUUGCGAUAACUUUCGUUCUCUCCUACCUGUGGGUACUAAAGUAAAAUGUCUGGCAGAUGCUGGUUACUUCAUUAAUGCGAAGACUGUUUCUGGAUCUCAACACAUUCAAGCCUUUUACAGUGAAGUGGUUGCGCUACAUGGUUCGGCGAAGAACUUACCCGCAUCCUGCACUUCAAAAUUGAGUCCAGGCUUGUGCUUCUUCCCACAAAAUGUGGUACCAGUGACCCGGACCCCAAUAUUUUUGGUAAAUGCAGCUUAUGAUUCGUGGCAGAUAAAGAACAUUUUGGCACCGGGUAUUGCUGAUCCUAAAGGCGCCUGGAAAAAGUGCAAGCUUGAUAUAAAGAACUGCUCACCCAGUCAACUUCAAACCAUGCAAGAAUAUCGGUUGCAGUUCUUAGGCGCACUUAGUCCUGCCAGCAACUCCAUAUCUCAUGGACUGUUCAUAGACUCUUGCUAUGCCCACUGCCAGAUUGGAACACAGGAGACAUGGUUGGCAGCCGACUCUCCGGUGUUGAGUAAGACGCCAAUUGGGAAGGCAGUUGGAGACUGGUACCACGACCGUACUCCGUUCCAGAAGAUAGAUUGUGCUUACCCUUGCAAUCCUACAUGCAAAAACCGUGUGUUUGAUUCAAAUGAGCAACAAGAUUAAUUUAUCUAUGUCGAAGUGUAUAAUUUUUAUGAUAUAUGGACGUUUAUGUAAUGGCCGAGGCCUACUUACUGUUCUCAAUAAUAUUUUACCCCUCCGAGUUUGAUGAUUUAA